AUGCGCCACUUCGACACCUGGAUCCUGCGCGAUCCCUACUCCAUCUUCCACUACUACCCAACCGGCCGCCGAUGGCAAGAAUCUGUCCGUGACAUGAUCCACGAACGCCAGAUCUGCGCGCCGCGAGUUGAUUCCAGCUCCAGCUCUCGUUCCAGCGCCGCCGUCGACCCGCUGGCUCAGAGAUGUAUAUCCGACCAGCCCGAUAGCGACUUCCUGCAGCGACUACCUCCCGAAAUCCGUCUGAUGAUUUAUUCAUACGCCUUUGGCGACGAGGCCGUGCAUCUGGUGCAGCUCAAGGGGAAAAUCCGCCAUGUGCGUUGCUGCAACGAGUCGGCAUCCAUCGCGAGCCAUCGUGCCUGUUGCCCGGAAACAACUGCGCGAUGGCGCUCGAGUAGUUGCCCCGUCUCAUCUGAUUCAAACAUGUUGUACCCUCAUACACACUCUGCGCUUCCGGGAAAGUUGAGCAACUCGUCGCUCUCGCUGCUAAGGACUUGUCGUGCCAUAUACCUCGAGGCCGCUAGUAUCCCUUAUACCGAUCUGGUUUAUGACGUUGACGACUUGCACACGUUUAUCGCUUUUUCAUCGACUAUUUGCCCCGAGAGACUCCGCUCGAUUAAGCGGUUGACAGUGCAGUGGACGCCCAUCUGGCAGCCCAUGACCGGUGUCAGCCAUACUUCAAUCUAUGCGCACACGCACAACGACCGUCUAUGGAAACUGUUCUGGCAACGUGUCCAGGCCAUGACGGGACUGCGGGAGCUACGUAUCAGUUUAGAUUUGGGCCAAUUCAUGAGCAACACUACCACUACUUCAUCCAGUGGCAGCAAAAAAAUCAGCCUGGCUACCAGCGAAGCAUGGGUUUCGCCGUUGCUUGCCGUGCGCGGACUAAAAGUGUUUGAUCUGUGCGUUACAGCUAAAUGUGAUGCCUCUACGCAGAAUACCAUGGUCGCCGAGAUUGGGAGGGAUGCGUUGAUUUUGUGCGAGUAUCUGCGUUCGGUGAUGUGUGCGCCGCGCGAGCAGGCUGUCAACUCGUGUGCGGCAGAGAGUACUGAUGCUGGGAAUCAGCAUUGGAGGCCAUUGAUGAUUACGGCCGCGUGA